AUGGCCGUGAUCCAACAAGAUUUCAACCCACAACCCGACACAGACCUCUUCUCUUCCCCAGGCACAAGUGGAUCCGCGGAAAGACAGACCGACCUGCAAGAAGAAGUUUCAGGCUCCGAGAGCGAUGAUGAGCCACGAAGUCCUUUCUUCGCUGGGUGCCUCACAUCUGGGAUGCGCGAGCAGCAGAACCAGGAAAUUGUUUUGCCAGAAGACCAGUGUCGUGGCUUUGACUAUGUUGCCGACUGGAUCUACAACGAGAAAGUCCGAAGUAUCCCAGCAGGAGACAAACGAGAGCUCCAUUCAGGAAUCAUUGCCUAUGUUCUGGCCGACAAAUACUGCAUGCCAGCAUUGCAGAACGCAUUAACCGAUGAGCUUGCUGAUCACUUUGCCUGGACGUAUUUCAACCCUGACAAUAUCACAUUGCUGGCAAAGCUUGGGGUUGAGACUGGCCCCCUUUGUGAUCUCAUGCUCGCUAAAUUGGCGUAUGACCUGGUCAAUUAUCCGUCGACAUAUUACCCCCGCCCGGAUGAUGGUGGUGAAGAAGUGAGACACUCUGACUUGGAAGAGUCAGAAAGUUCAGACGGUCUAAGUGACUUGGACGAUGGAGACACCAUGCCAGGUUGGCUCGAGGCACUUGAACGAGUUCUCGCUCAUCCCGCACUAUCGACGAAACUAUUGCGCAAUGCGGCGAGAACCAAGAAGUUAGGACCGAAUCCAGCAGAGUCGUCGACACAGAGAUAUCACGUUGCUGUUGACGCCAACCUUGGAAGGGGCCAGAAGAGAAAGGCGGACGAACUGCAGAAUGGCUCGAACGGUAGCAUUGAAGGAACAUCGAAUAUGGACAUAUAA